UGGCCCCCUGCAGCUUCGCGACUGACAGUCGGAGGUCUGCAACUCAACCCUUCUCUGUGAGGGGACACAUUAAGCAGUUACACAGGAAGUGCACAAUAUGCGGAAGUGGAUUUUGUAUUGAUGAGCAGAGCGCACACCUGCGAAAGACGAUAAGACAAUGGCCUCACAAGACUAAGCUGUUGGAUAAACAGCAGCUGGCUGUGUUAAAGCACCCCCUCCCUCAGCUGAAGACGCUGCUCUUCGGAGCCUGGCUGCUCGGAUACGUCUUCUUCCUGCUCUCCAUCAGGAGGAUGUGGACCGGGAAGUACGUCCGCAGCCCGCUGGCCCGGUCCCUCUUCCUGAACAUGGUGAGCAAGGACGAGGCUGCCGCGACCGAGACUCAAGAGUGGUACAGGUGCGGUCCGGACCUGCUGGGAGAGUCUGUGCGGCCCCUGUUUGUACAGAGCCAUCUGGACUCGGACACCAAGGCUUUCCUGAAGCGGAGCGUGGAUAAGUCUGGCUGGCUGUUCACCCAGCUCUACCACUCCUUUGUGUCCACCUUCCUCAGCCCGCUGGUGUCCCGCACCUCCAUCAAUGGGUUUCUGGAUCGCGGCUCUAUGUUUGUCUUUUCCCCGGAGCAGUUCCAGCAGCUGCUCCGGGUCGGCCCGGAAUGGAGGUCUGACAGACUGCUGGACCUGGGGGCUGGGGAUGGUGCUGUCACUGGGGUGAUGGGAGCACAUUUUAGAGAGGUUUAUGCAACUGAGGUCUCUCCACCCAUGAAAUGGCAUCUUCAGAGGAGGAAUUACAAGUGAGUAAUAAACCAAAUGACUACUGUGAUCUUCAUUCAGCGUGCUUUAUAACUCACAGUAAUAAUAGUUGUUUUGAUCCAUCUGUAUGACUGUUAUACUUGCCAUUAAAUCUCAAAGAUCAAUAUCAGGGCAUUUUAAACUGAUAAGUAUAGGCCAGGGGUAUUCAACUAAAAUUCAACGAGGUCCAGUUCGAGAAAAUGUCCCCAUGCAAAGGUC